GUGGUUUAAAAAGGAAAUGCACUCCCGUAUGUUUCAUCUCCCUUCGAUAGCGGUGCCGGGAGAGUGGAGGACUGUCUAUUCGCGUCCAAUCACGUCUCCGGAUCUCCAGCUUCUAACGGUCAAUCAGUGAGCGCUAUCUCCCGAAAUCGUCGCGCCGUCGAAUCACUUCGCGCAGUCUCUGCAAUUCGACAGCAAAUCAGUGGGUCCGUUCUCCCAGUUUUAUCUGACGUCGCCCCAAAAGAGACGCGUUCAGUUCAGCCAAUGACAAUGGGCGUCUUCACCGAGCGGCGCAUCCACCGGUGCCCUCCCCCCACCUUCCGCCGCUUGACUUUUUAUUUGACACCUUCUGAACUCCGACACUCUGAGGAUUUACACUCGAAAGGUAAGAUGUCGCCACUGCCAUUUCACUUAGUCAGACUGCUUGUACGCUUAUUUAUUACACCGAGAAACGGCUAUUACACCGUGUAUAACACGCCGUUCAUUCAUUCAUUCGCUGUUGAUAUCGCUAUAGUCAUUUCACUUAGUCAGACUGCUAACUUGUUAGCACAUUUACACGACAAAGGGGUAUGACGCUGGGUUUGACUUUUUAUUUGACACCUUCUGAACUCCGACACUCUGAGGAUUUACACUCGAAAGAUGGCUUCCAAAGACAAAAAACACAGAGCUAUGGGUGAUGAGGAGUGGAUGUCCCGUCUGCGAAGGUUUGCUGCUGUCGGGGUCUGGCCUGCUGAUGCAGGAAACCGGCCGGCACCACGCCAGAAAAAGUGGCACGAUCUGUUUCUGAAGAUUGAGAAAUGCCCAAUGCAGCUCAGGGGUCAAAGGUCGCUGUUUGGAGGGACACAGACAUGUAACUGUGGCUUCCAUAUAAAGAAGCCAUCAGUCUCUGUGUCCUCUUCGGUGACACCACAACCAGGACCCUCGUCUGGAUCCCCCUCCAUCACACCCUCGUCUGGAUCCCCCUCCAUCACACCUGGGCAACCACCACGCAAGCCCACUUUGACUUUGGCCUCAUUCACAAAACCACGGUUCGGUGGAUCGCAUGGUGCCCAUGCAAAGCCAAACUUGGCUUCAGCUGGGCAGCGUCGAAUCAAGACCACAACUGACACCCCGUCACCUGGCCACAGUCCCAGGCACUAUAUUCAGACUGUCUCUCCUCUGUCUCUUCCACCCUCUACCGUGUCGACAACCACCUCAGCUUCCUGUGUCACAUCGGCUGCUACUGGAGCUACAGUGUCAACUGCCAUAUCCUUGGAAACCUCCUCUGCUCCUCCGGCCCCUGUGGACUCUGUGUCCUAUGCCUGUGUUUCCUCUGCUGCAACCUCUGUGGCUGGUCCCUCGGCACAUCCUACCCCUGAUGCUGAGCCAUUGGCGGCGCAUAUGAUGUCUGCUGCUGCUGUUGCUGCUUCACAGCCUGGCUGGCUGCCUGCAAAGCUGAGGACAACUAUACCACCUCAGGACCAGAAAUGGAUAGCAGCAGCUCUGUGAAAGAACAAACGUUUGCGCUCCGACCUGAUGCUGUGGUAUAAUCCACCAUUACCAGCCAUCAUUUAUCACCAGGUCCCCGCUCCAGAGCGCUUUUUUACCCACCGGCUUCUCGUAUGGAUGCCGUACCACCUGUGGAAGGUGAGGCUGUCCUGUCCUGCCUGUCACAAACAACUCACAGGCUAUGGAGCCCACAAGAGAGCCCGCAGGGUUCUGGAUGUGGACAAUUACUACCUUAUGAUUACUGAGACACUGUGGUGCAAUGCAUG